AUGAAACAGGUCGCGGCGUCGCUCAUUCCCUUGUUUCUGACGCUGGUCGCCUUUCCUUUUGCUGGGGCACAGCGAGCGUGCAACAAUGCCCCUGAGUUGUGUUCCACGCCGUACGAUCAGAUCACGCAUCUCGGAGCGCAUGACUCGCCAUUUCUGCGCGAUGCUUCGACAGGCUUUUCCUCAUUCGGCAACCAGUUCUUCAACAGCACCGUACAGCUUGACGCUGGCGUCCGACUGCUCACAGCUCAGGUCCAUGUCGCCUCCAAUGCGGACACGCAAGCCCGAGAGUUACACCUCUGCCAUACGACAUGCGGAAUGUUCGAUGUCGGACUCUUCAAGGACUGGCUCUGGGAGAUUCGCUCAUGGAUGGACUUGAACCCAAACGAGGUGAUCACACUGGUGUUGGUGAAUAUGGAAGGCAUCGAUGCCCGAGAGCUUCAGGGAGAGUACUCGAAAGCCGACAUCGCGCAUUACGGCUAUGUUCCUGCGGACAUCAGUAAAGCACCUCCGCCAUCGAGCGAGUUCAAAAAGACGUGGCCAACGCUCGGAGAGAUGCUCGACAAGGGGGAACGACUCGUCACUUUUGUCAACGCAAUCAACCCGGACAAGGCCAAUGCACCGUAUCUCCUCAACGAGUUCGACUUUGUAUGGGAAAAUGCAUACGAUGUGCGAGACGCGGUGCAAUUUGCUUGCAAGCCUGACCGACCCUCCAACACGACGACGAUCCAACAAGAGCGCGACUCUGGCAAGCUGUUCCUGAUGAACCACAUGCUUUACUGGUCGCAGGCAAUGAACAUCCAAGUCCCUGACAUCCGCAAUAUCAACGAGACGAACUCAUGGGAUGGCAUAGGUGGCCUUGGCACGCAUAUGACGCUGUGUGGAGGCCUAGUCGCGCGACAGCCGACGUUUGUGCUUGUCGAUUUCUUCAACGUUGGGCCGGCGAUCAAGGCAGUGGAUAACUUCAAUGGGGUGGAUGCACCAGUUGGGCGCAGGAAUGUGACCACGCAGGUCAUUGAAGGCGGCGCAGGCAUGAGCUACGUCAGCGGUAGUGAGAAGAAGAAGAAGGGCGAUGCGUGGGUCGCGCUGGUCGUGGCCCUGGUUGGCAUUGUUGUUUGUAUGUGA